CUUUCCUCCAUUGAAGCCAAUUUGGCAAUUAGUGCCACAUUAUUAGUCCAAUAAAGUUAAGACCCAAAUAUGCGCUAGAUUCUUCUGCAUAAGAAUAACAAGCAGAAGUCCCAUCUCAUUGGAAAAUACAGAAACCUUUUGCAACCUUUCCAGCGCUUAGAUCAACCGUUGAACUAUUGAUUCAGUAGUUUAGAAUUCAUGCCCGUUUAUAUGCAGUAUUGUCAUGCCAAACCUGUUAUUGUCUUUCAUAAAUGGCAUCAUGCCUUCAAAAUAUUGAUUCUUUGUUUGACAUAAUUGAAUGCAUUUUCCCCACGUAACACAAAAUGCCAAAUACGAUUAUAGCUUCAGAAUUGGAAUUCAUGUCAUGAACCCUAUAAAAGAUGUCACAUGUUUAAUACCAUGUUAUCCACAACUAUAUCUCUAUUCCCUUUGUAAGCAUCCAGCACCGACACAUGAAGGAAAGCUUUCCUCCAAUGGCGAACUCGAGCAAUGAUAUUACCACAACCAAGAACAAGAACAAAAUCAAGAGAAGGCUCUUCUUGAGUCUUUUUGCAUCUGUCCUUCUAGUCGCAGCCAUAGUUGGGGUUGUUGCAGGUUUAGCCUCGAGAAGGAGUGCAGCCAACACUGUCAACAAUGUUCAUGAAGCAGCUCAUGCCGUUGUCAAAUCCUCCUGCAGUUCCACAUUGUAUCCUGACCUAUGCUUCUCGGAGAUCUCAGCUCUGCCAGUUGAUGUUACAAGCAAGAUAAAAAGCACAAAGGAUGUUAUACAUUUGUCACUGAAUGUAACUGAGUCUUCAAUCGGGCAAACUUAUCAGAAAAUCAAGACACUAACUUUUAGCCGGAGGGGCUACUCUAAGCGGGAAAAUACUGCCUUCAAAGAUUGUUUAGAAAUGCUAACUGAAGCUGUAAAUGAGAUUAGAAAUGUUGUGCAGGUACUCAAAGAAUAUCCGUCGUUGAAAAAAGCCAUAUCAGAACAUGCUGAUGAGCUCAAGAUACUGGUGAGUGCUGCAAUGACUAAUCUGGAAAGUUGCCUUGACGGUUUCUCCCAUUCCAAAGCAGAUAAAGAGGUCCGUCAAUUCUUUUUGAGUGAUGAAAGGCAUGGGCACCGUCUGUGCAGCAAUGCCUUAGCCAUGAUCAAGAACAUGACGGACACCGAUAUGGCUAAGGAGCAAGAAUUAACAUCAUCGUCAGCAGCAGAAAGGAAGCUUAAGGAGGAGAAUGGAAUAGAAUGGCCUGGAUGGUUGUCGGCUGGGGACCGUAGGCUAUUGCAAGCUACAACUGUGACUCCUAAUGUUGUUGUGGCAGCUGACGGAAGUGGUAACUACCGGACUGUGUCGGAGGCGGUUGCAGCUGCGCCGUCAAGGAGUAGCACAAGAUAUGUUAUAAGGAUUAAAGCAGGGGUUUAUAGAGAGAAUGUGGACAUCCCGUCGAGCAAGACUAACCUUAUGUUUGUGGGUGAUGGGAGUACGACCACCAUCAUUACUGGUAGUAGAAGUGUGGUUGGUGGCAGCACCACAUUUAAUUCUGCCACCGUUGCUGUUAAUGGGCAGGGGUUCUUGGCAAGAGACAUUACCUUUCAAAACAGUGCUGGACCAUCAAUGGAACAAGCUGUUGCAUAGCGCGUGAGCGCGGACCUAUCAGCAUUUUAUAGAUGCAGCAUGAUAGCAUUCCAGGAUACCCUUUAUGUACAUACACUUCGCCAAUUCUAUGUUAGCUGUGUUGUUAUUGGGACUGUAGAUUUCAUAUUCGGAAAUGCAGCAGUAGUGCUCCAAAACUGCGACUUACAUGCCCGCCGCCCCAAUCCAAGCCAAAAAAAUAUGGUCACCGCCCAAGGCCGUGACGAUCCUAAUCAGAACACAGGCAUAGUUAUCCAAAAAUGCAGGAUAGGAGCAACUCAGGAUUUGGAAGCUGUGAAAGACAGUUUCCAAAGUUAUUUAGGCAGACCAUGGAAGUUGUACUCGAGGACUGUCGUAAUGCAGACUCAGAUAAGUGAUAUUAUUAAUCCAGCUGGGUGGUUCGAGUGGGAUGGAAAUUUUGCACUGGAUACGUUGACCUAUAGGGAAUACCAGAAUACAGGACCAGGAGCUAACACUGCAAAUAGGGUGACUUGGAAGGGAUACAAGGUGAUGACUAGUGCAUCUGAGGCACUCCCAUAUACUGCUGAAAAUUUCAUUUCAGGUGCGAAUUGGUUACCUGCUACAGGUUUUCCUUACUCUCUGGGCCUCUAAUCUCAUAUAGCUGAAUAUGCUUACGGGAACUGAUGCUUUGGAAACGUGCAUAUGUUAUGCUCAUUCUCCCAGAAUUAUUGUCUGACGCUUAUAAUCAUAAUUUUUUUUCCUGCAAGGCACUUGUAUCUUAGCAUUGUAGUCUACUCUUUAUCUUGUGAAUUUACGUGUAAUGAAUAAGUGUUAACUAAGUGGAAAUAUAGUGUCUAAUUAUUUCUUGA